UCGUUUUUUAGAACCAUGCAUGGACACAUUUAACUAGAGCUUCUCCACCUUUAAAACUCAGAAGGGGGCCUGAACCCACAAAGUUAACUAACUAUGGAUUCUCUUCUUCAAUUCCCAACAUUUAUGUUCUUCUCCUUCCUGUUAUUUCUUUACUUCUUGCUUCAAUGGAGGUCAAGGAAUACAAAGCUCAGCUGUAGCAAAAAAAGGGUUUCUCCACCAGAAGCCGCCGGGGCAUGGCCAAUAAUGGGUCACCUCCAUCUGUUAGGAGGUAAUUCCAUUCCUCACAUUACUUUAGGAGCAUUAGCUGACAAAUAUGGGCCAGCUUUCACCAUUCGACUUGGCAUGCAUCCUGCUUUGGUGGUUAGUAGUUGGGAGGUAGCAAAGGAAUGUUUUAGUACAAACGAUAGAGCUCUUGCCACAAGAUCCAAGGCAAUAGCCACAAAGCUCAUGGGUUAUAACUAUGCUCUUGUUGGCUCAACUUUUUAUGGAACUUAUUGGCGUGAGGUACGCAAGAUAGUCAUGCUCAAGCUUCUCUCCAAUCGCCGCCUUGAGAUGCUUAAACAUGUUAGAGCCUCGGAGAUAGAAGCCUUCACAAAAGACCUAUACAAGAUGUGGGUAGAGAAGAAAGGUGGCCAAAAUAUACAAGUCUUGGUUGAUAUGAAGAAAUGGUUUGCAGAUUUGACACUUAACAUUAUUGUUCGAAUGGUGGCUGGGAAGAGAUACUUUGGCAUAGCAAAUACUGCCUCUGAUGCAGAGGAGGCGUUUCGGUGCCAAGAAGGAGUUAGAGAUUUUUUUCAUUACACUGGUCUAUUUGUGGUUUCAGAUGCAUUUCCCUUUCUUGAGGGAUUGGAUUUGCAAGGAUAUGAGAAAGCUAUGAAGAAGAGCGCGAAAAACUUGGAUUCUAUAGUUGAAGGAUGGUUGAAGGAGCAUAAGAAGAAGCGAUUAUCUGAUGCUAAUUAUGGUAAGGCCAAGGGUGAUCAUGAUGAUCAAGACUUCAUGGACGUAAUGAUAUCCAUCAUGGAGGAUUCAAACCUCUCCUCACCAGAUUAUGAUGCUGAUACGGUCAUCAAAGCUACUUGCCUAAAUGUGAUUCUUGGUGGCAAUGACGCCACUGUGGUUACUUUCACUUGGGCCCUCUCAUUACUACUCAACAAUCGUCAAGUACUACAAAGAGCUCAAGAUGAGCUGGACAUGCAUGUUGGUAGGGACAGACAAGUGGAGGAAUCAGAUAUAGUUAAGUUGGAAUAUCUCCAAGCAAUAGUAAAGGAAACAUUGCGUCUCUACCCUGCAGCUCCAUUAUCUGCUCCACAUGAGGCCAUAGAAGAGUGUACCAUAGCUGGUUUUCAUGUUCCAGUAGGUACUCGUAUAGUUUCAAAUCUUUAUAAGAUUCAAAGAGAUCCAAGAGUAUGGGUAGACCCAUCUGAUUUUAGGCCAGAGAGGUUUCUCACAAGCCAUGUGGAUGUUGAUCUUCGAGGUCAGCACUUUGAAUUAAUCCCUUUUGGAUCUGGUAGGCGAAUGUGUCCUGGGAUUUCUUUUGCUCUUCAAGUACUGCACUUGGGUCUCGCUCGUUUGCUUCAUGAGUUUGAGUUUGCAACCCCUUCCAACUUACCUGUGGAUAUGACAGAGAGCCCAGGGCUUACCAACAUCAAGGCAACACCACUUGAAGUUCUUCUCAACCCACGUCUUCCUCCUAAGCUUUAUGGAUAGAAUACUCUUAAUUGUUUUCUCCAAUACCAAUGCGUCAUGGGGCAUCUUGUCUUGCUAGAUGCAUCUAAUAAUUUCUAAGCUUUUAUGGAAAUAGCUGAUUGGAGUUAUGAUUAAUGCUGGUUUGUGGAGUA